GACGAAGUAAAACGUGGAGGGAUAAAAUUUUGGAUUUAUAAAGAAAGCAAGUCUCCAAAUUCUAAAAUGCAGAUCGUCUUUCACGGUCCAAGUAAGGACGCGACAGUUAAGGGCUCUAUAACAAGUAAGCCAACUGAUGUCAACCUAGACUUCAAGGGAUGGCGAGGUAUCUGGAUAGCAUACCGCGAAUUCAAUGCCAACGAUUUCCAUCUGAAGAAACUCAAGAAGAUUGAGUUUAUAAUUCAAUCCACGAAGGCUGAUAAACUUUACUUUGACCUGAUCCAAUUUUCUAAGAGUAUUGGUUAUGCCAGUCGAGAUCUUGUGGUGAGUAAAGUUGGACAAAGUGAUCCAGGGAAAGACGAUGCCCCUUUUCACGAUGAUAAAGACUUCUGGCAACAGACUCUCCGCUGGAAUCAAUAUCAAUUUUCWAAAUAUACUGAGACACUUGAAAAURUCAAUGAUAAGCUAGAAGAUAUUAAAACAAUCGAAAAUCGAAUUGAAAACUGGUACGCAAAAGAAGAUGAGUCAAUCAUUCGCCUCGCAGAUAGGGAUUCAUCAAUAAGCAGCAGCAGUGGAAUAGAUGAUGGCUUUAAUCUUAACAAGAUGAAGGUUAAGCGAUGGAAAAGCCUCCAGACAGCAAUACAACAGGCACGUGUACUAUACCAAAAGAUAGAUUUUCAAAAACGCCGGCCGUCCCUAUUUCCCAAAAGGUCAGACUACGGAAAGGAAGAGAUAAAAGUCGGUUCUAAUUCAAUGACUAAGUUUGGUUAUAUUUUUGGGAAAAUCCUUUUGCCACUAUCACUUGAAUGUGCUUUAAAGAGCAGGAAGGUUGAGGUAGAGUAUCUAGCAAAAAAAGUUUGCAAUGACCUUUCUUCGGGGACAGAUGGAGAAGCAUUCAAUAAAGGUAUUCAGGAUGUUGCUGGAGAGAGCMAAAAUAUGAUAGAAAAGUUCAAGGAAAUAGUAAAAACUUUCAAAAAUAARAAHACAAUUGAAUGUCCACCRGAAGAUUYCMSAGCUUUGGAUAUUGAAAAACUUAUUCAACAAUUUUAUGACUACCUCUAUCAAAGAAUCAAGAUAUUACUGGAGUACCUCCAAGAUCAAGGAAUUGGUGCAGGUAGUUCUCUUGGUUCACUCGACCAUGAAAUGAACAAAAUCGGUUCAGGAUUUGUACACUCCGUUUUCUUGUUAAGAAAUCGCUUAAGAGAAGAUCCAAUGUUCGACARCCUGGUAGAUGCCAUGAAAUGGUAUUCUGACUUUAACGAGAUCUAUCAGCCUGAUGAUGAUUUUGUAUACGAUGGAACAACAACAGAUCGAAUGAGAACAAUCCUCCUGUACAGACUACAGAUCAUACUAAUGAAAAAAAMGAAAGGUCAAGAUGAAAUUCACGAUUUGAAUCAUUUGARGAAAUGGGCAAAGCAUGCAUUAAAAAUCAACAAAGGUUUCGGAGGUGUGAUUAAACCAGAUUUUACUGGAUUUCACCACAAGACUUUCUAUGGCUCAGCGUACGUCCCCCAAGCAUAUCACAACGCCGCACUCGUUCAGUACUUUCUCGAUGGAACUUCGUUUGAAUUCGAURCCAAUUCUAAAGCCAAUCUUCGAAAAGCUUUAAGCGUUUUACGUAUGGUGUCAGUUAAGUUCUCAAYGCCAAACGGUGUCUGUGGACGGUUCCCUGGCUAUGAUCGUGCUAUAUUAGCCAGAAUUCUUCCCGCUUACGCUUACAUCAGCUACGGACCAAUCAAAAGAGUUAAUGCGCCUUGUAUGAUUAUGGCGGAAAAGAGGUUUAAAACUUUACGACUGGCAAUUAGUAAUCAUGACAUGGGGUUUGAAUACGAUCCAUUAAACAACAAAAAGGCCACAUGCAACGUCAAACUCAAAGAUAAUACCAACGUUUUUAGACCAAAAGCUUCCCGUGAUGUUGGGGUUAAGACAAUGUUCUGUGUGAGGGGGAAAACAAGCAAGAUCGCCGUGAGGUUGUGCCACGACGUUGCAAGUGUCAAAAAGGUUAUUGUCAAUGGCGAGGAGAAGAAUGGCGAGGCGAUGAAUAAGUUCAUAAACGUCCGUAGAAAAAGGCUUGUWUUUUCAAAUCUGGUGAAUGGAUUUACCACUGAAGUUGUUCUAGAGUUGAAAUAG